AUGGCGAGGAGAUCCCUGCCUGAAACCACCCACCGGCUGGGCUCCCCUAAUGCAUCUAUACAAACUAUUUUACUUGUUUAUAUUUCAGAACUUUCAGGAUGUAGGAUCCAGCCUGGCCCCCAGGACGCCUAUCCUGACCCCCAGGAUAACAACUCAGUCCCAACACCUAGCCAUUCCAGUGCUGGUUCAGUAGGCUUUCCUAUCCAACACCAGCCGGUGUAUAGUCAGCCAGCUGAACCUUUGGGGCCUACGUGGAUGCCAGCACCACUACCGCCACCAGACUGUCCUCCAGGGUUGGAAUAUUUAAGCAAGGUAGAUAAAAUACUGAUUCAUCAGCAAGUUGAUCUUAUGGAAGUUAUAAUAAAUGUUAAAGCAUGUAACAAAUAUGAAAUUAAGAACAGCCUUGGACAGAUGAUUUACUUUGCUGUGGAAGAAAAUGAUUUCUGUACCCGAAAUUGCUGUGGCUAUUGUAGGCCUUUUACCAUGAGAAUUCUUGAUCUUAGGGGCCAAGAGGUCAUUACUCUGGAGAGACCACUAAAGUGUUCAGGCUGUUGUUGCCAGUACUGCCUUCAGCAGAUAAAAAUCUACUCUCCUCCUGGUACACUAAUAGGUUCUGUUAUUCAGACUAUGCACCCAUAUCUGCCUAAGUUUACAAUUCAGAAUGAGAAUAAAGAGGACAUACUAACAAUUAUUGGCCCAUUUUUUGCAUGCAAAUGUUGUGGAGAUAUUGAUUUUGAGAUUAAAUCACUUGAUGACGAAGAAGUGGUUGGCAAGAUUUCCAAGCAGUGGACUGAUUUUGUGAGAGAGUUUUGCACAGAUUACAGUAAUUUUGAUGUUCAUUUCUAUUUAGACCUUGAUGUGAAAACAAAAGCUGUCAUGCUUGGCGCAUGUUUCCUCAUUGAUUUCAUGUUUUAUGAAAAAAAGUCAUCAAAUGGACAAGAGAAAAAGGCA